CAACGUAUUAUCGAACUCAACGUUUGCCCUGAUUUCAAAGUCCUGAGUCGCUUCAUGGCUACUACAAGACUCCGUAGAGCAUUUCGCUACCCCGAGGACUCAGGUGACGAAGGGCAUGAGCGUGAAGAGUUAGAUGAGGAAGAGCAAGAACGGGUGAUAGAGCAACUGCAGAGACAGAAUGACCAGCGGAAUGCACAAUAUAGUACUGUUUUCACCGCACUUCCGCUACUGUCAGUCCUAGUGUUUGUCCCGUCAGUGCUAUCCAAAUCAUCAACUCCCACAGUGCGGUUCUUCUCCUUCCUCGCUAUCUCGUCGUUGUUGGUAACGGCCUGCAUAAUGAAGCUGUUUGUGUCGCACUUGUCUGAUCGCAAAGGCAAGAGACCUGCUGCAGAGGUCAAACGCACCAUGCUCGUCCGAAAAAGCUUGUUUUUUAUAAACACUGGCAUCUGCGGAACAUUGGUCCUGGUAUAUCUCUUCGCUAAUAUAUCAUCUUCCUCUAUCUGGCCGGGUUUAUAUAUAGUUCCAGGAGCAAUGUUCGGAGUAAUCUUGUUGGUGCGGGAAGCGAUGAUCUCGGUGGAUUUAUCACAUCUUCAGAACCUUCGAUAUGAGUACAAAGGUGCCUAGAUAGCUUGUCCAGUAACACUCUUGGGCAGCAGAAGACCAAUAAUACUAGCUUGUUAAUUCAUUCAUGAAGCUGUCAUUUUGAAUUCAAGAGUCAAGCCGA